GCGAUUUGCGCAUGAAGCCGAGUAACGCGCAAAACGCUCGUAUCUUGAAAACCAAGUACAUACUAAUAUAUAUAUAUAUAUUCGAUACAAUAACGAUAAAUUCAAUCGCUCUUUUUCUUUCUAUCGUUUUUUAAAAUUUUAUAAAUAAAUAUAAUGUUUUUCUUCAUGUUUUUUGACUCAUGCGUUUUUUAUCGUCAAUUUCGAUUCAAGAAAAACCACAAAGGCGUGCUUAAUGUUUCCUUCAGUCCGCGAGAUGGCAAUAGUCGCAUCGCAACUACAGGCCACCUUCGAUCGAUAUUCUACCGCGUCAUCUGUGUGAAAAUGAAAACGAAAACUGUUCUACUCCUCUUCGUAUGUUAUUUUUUCGCCCGAAGCGCCGCAAACGACGAAUUUCUUGACGACGAUUACGAAGAAGAUCCACGAAAUUUUGAUUUAGAUCAAGUAGAUUCGUUUCGGGAAUAUGUAUUCGGUCGUGAUGGAGAGAGUCGUCGAAACAUCAUUAACGAUGAAUUGGAAGACUGGCCUGGCCGAUGGAUGCCUGACAGACCAAACGACCCUACUCCACCACCCAAAAUAUUUCCAAAGAUUAGUGAGACAAGUGUGCAAUCCCUUCAUGGAAUACCAAUGGGAUAUUCGUCGCAAAAUUGCGACGAUGCAAAGAGUAAUUUAACUAUGGAUUGGGACGGUAAUCCAAUUGUUCAUACCUGUUACGACAAAAGAAUCGUUCCGAAUAGAAGUACGAAAGCGAUCAUGUAUUGUGUACUUAUGCCCAAGUAUUAUGUUGCUAUGCACAAAUGUAUGUACGAGAAAAUAGAAUACGACGAAGUUGUUCCCGUAUACGGAACACACAGACCUUUGUGGCCUGUCUACGGCGAGUACAAAUUUUUACCGAAGCAGAGGUGGCUUCAUAGUUUAGAGCAUGGAGCGAUCGUUGCGUUGUAUCAUCCAUGCGCCAAUCCGAUGCAAGUAAGGCGUUUAAAAAGCUUGCUCGCAGGUUGUCUACGACGACACGUGAUCAGUCCGUAUAACCUCUUGGAUGAAAGCCAUCCGUUAGUUUUGAUCUCUUGGGGAUGUCGAUUGAGCAUGUCAUACGUAAAUCCCGAGCUAGUCAUUGAAUUUAUUCGUGAGCAUGCUCGUCGAGGACCGGAAGAAAUCUCGAAAGAUGGUGAUUUCGUCGAAGGUCUGUUGCAUCGAGCUGAAAUCGUGUCCGAUAUUGACGAUACGAUAUUGUGUCCCAACGCCCAUACAUUUUAAAGCUUCUACAUCGUGCGCAUUGGUCUAUAUCGUCCCUUUUGCUUCCAUUAUAAUACGAUACGUACAUGUACAUACCAAUCUUUUAUUAUUUAUUUAUUAAGUGCGUUUCUUCCCUUGUUCGUCUUCCUCUUAUUUUUCUCCAUCCAACAGCUCUCUCCUUUUCAUUUUUUGUUCGUUUUAACGUGACUUGUGUUAGAGGAGAAUUAAUAAAAAAAAAAAAAAAAAAAAA